UUGCUUCAUAUGGUUAAGUACAGAUCAGAUUGCUUCCAUGUCGUCUUCCUAUUCCAUUGUUUUAUGGGACCCCCUGUAAAUCCUUGUUGUCUGCAGAUAUGAUGGAUGUAGUCUGGCAUGUUUGUGAGUAUCCAGCCUGUAAUUUUAAAACAAUAAAACCUGCUCGACUUGACCGGCAUGCUAAAUUUCAUACCUCUAGAGACAGGAAGUACGUUUGCUGUGAUUGUGGUCAGCAGUUUGUUUCUCUGCAAAAAUGUUUAAAACAUGACAGGAAGCUUCAUACAGGAGUCAGAGAGUGGGAGUGCCCGGUGUGUCUGAUUGAAACUACGGACAUUCUAGUUCAUAUGAAGGUGCAUGAGAAUAAAAGACAUAAGUGUGAUAUCUGUGAUCAUGAAUUCAGACACAAGAGUUCCUUGACAAGACACAGAUACCAGCACACUAGCAGGGACACUACCAUAAUCAACAUGAUAUUUCAGUAA